AUGGAAGAUUGCGGUGGUCGAAAUAAUAACGUGGCCCAGCUGAGCUUUCAUUUUCAUCCUCACCAUGAUCCCAACAUCAGCAUCGUCGUCGUCAUCGCCCUCACACCCUCGAACUCCUGCGCCCACGUGGCUAUUCUUUCAGUAGUGCAGAGAAAACAUCUCUUCGGAGGACCAUGGAAAAGGAAGCACUUUGUUGAGAGUUUUUUGAAGAUUUCUUCAUUGAUCUGCGCUCAGACUCUAUCCAAAGUCAUCAUUACCAAAUUCAAUUACACCUUGCUAAUCAGCCUACUUAGGCAGCAUCUGAAUGAUGAGUUUUUAAUGUGA